CUCUCUCCCUCCUCGCUCUCUUCCUCUGACACACACACAUAGAAACACACGAACACACACCCGUGGCUGUCUCCUUUCACCAGCUGCAAUUAUCAACAGAGCGUUUCUCUCCUUUGGACUAACAGCAACUCCUUCCUGGCCCAAGUGUGAAUGACACACUACAAACAGAGACCAUAAUGGAAAACCAUUUGGAUUAUGAACAUGACUAUACCUACCAUGACCAUCACAACAACACCAACCACAGUAGCUACGAAGACGAGGACUUUGCCGAAUACCACACAGUCUGUGACAAACAAGACGUCCGUUCCUUUGCCGGUGUCUUUCUGCCUGUGGUCUACACCCUAGCGUUGAUCCUGGGUCUGGCAGGGAAUUCGCUAGUCAUCUUUGUUUACCUUUCCCACAAGCGUUUACGAACACUGACCGAUGUCUUUAUCCUCAACCUGGCCUUUGCAGACCUUCUGCUCCUCCUCACGCUGCCCUUCUGGGCGGCGGAUGCGGUUAACGGUUGGGAAAUUGGCACGGCUGCCUGCAAAAUCACCUCUGCUCUCUACACCACCAACUUUAGCUGUAGCAUGCUGCUGCUAGCCUGCAUUAGCAUUGACCGUUAUCGUGCCCUGGUCAAAGUUUCCACCACUGCUAACGCAACGAAUAGGAACAGCGCUCGAAGGCAGAGGGUUAUAAUGUGCCUCCUGGUUUGGAUGUUGGCCAUUUUGCUAGGGUUGCCAGAUAUGGUGUUCUACACGGUAAAGCAGAACUCUAUCGGGCGUAACGCCUGCAGGGCGGUUUACCCGCACGACAUGGCACGGGCGGCUAAAGCCACUGUGGAAAUUCUGGAGGUGUCGCUAAGUUUUCUGUUGCCUUUCCUAGUGAUGAUGUUUUGUUACUGCAGGGUGGGUGUAGCGUUAAAUCAGGCCGCUACAGCGGGGGUACGUGGCGUUAAGAGGUGGAAGGCGUUUCGAGUGUUAAUCGCAGUGGUCGGGGUGUUUCUGUUGACCCAGCUUCCGUACAAUUUAAUAAAACUGAUCCGAGCUUUGGAUGUGAUCUACAUGUUAGUGACGGAAUGCGAGAUGAGCAAAAACUUGGACCGGGCCAAUCAGAUAACAGAGAGUCUGGCCCUCACGCAUUGCUGCCUGAAUCCCGUGCUCUAUGUCUUCAUCGGAUCGUCCUUCAAAACGCACAUGAUGAAACUCGUCAAACGUUGCGGCCAGACAGGAAGAGGUUAUCGUCAUGGCAACGAGCAGCCCACUGUUGAGUUAUCCCUUAGGUCAGGAGCACAAACUCAGACUCACUCUUCUUCAGGGAAUGAAGAUACGAGUACCUUUACAAUUUGACACACACACUAACGUACUAUCUUGGAGACUAAGACACUCAUUUCAGAAAAGUAACAGCUUUUUAUUAUCUGACAUCUCUGAUGAGCCCUUUGCACAUUUUAAUACUUUAAGGCCUUAAGCAUACUGCUCAUCAAAGGACCUCCACAGAAUUGUGUCUGUCUGUCAUUUACAAUGUUUUCCUACCUUUAUGUAUACUGAUAGUGUAGUUUCCCGUUUACUACAUUUAAAGUCAUUACACAGAAAUCCCCUCUCGUAACCUGUACUAACAACAGAUGCACAGAUAAUGUGUGGGUAUAUUUAUUAGUUACAGUAACACUACUUAUAAAAACUGUGUAAUUAAGAAAUGUUAUGUAAAAAGAUCAACAGUUCAAUAUUUGUAUUUACAUAUUAUAAUAUAUAUCUCAAAUGUAAAUAUAUUUUCAGAUUAAAGCAAACUUUUUACACGUUGA